AUGGUAACAGUGGUGAUGACAGUGGUGAUGACAGUAGUAAUGAUAGUGGUGGUGAUGAUGGUGAUGACAGUGGUGGUGACAGAUGAUGACAGUGGUGAUGACAGUGGUGGUGAUAAUGGUAGUGACAGAGGUGAUAACGGUGGUGGUGACAGUGGUGAUGACAGUGGUGGUGACAGCAGUGAUGACAGUGGUGGUGACAGUGGUAGUGAGAAUGGUGGUGACAGUGCUAAUGACAGUGGUAAUGACAUUGAUGGUGAUAAUGGUCAUCACAAUGAUGGUGAUAGUGGUGCUGACAGCAGUGGUGAUAGUGGUGAUGAUAUUGUUGGUGACAGUGAUGACAAUAGUAGUCAAUAA